AAAGAGAAGAUGAGUGAAACGACUCGAAGGGCGCUUCACAGUUAUCAGAGAAGAAGAUCAGUUUGUUCCAAUGCAAUGCCAAGUGCCCAAUGCUUCUCAGUCUAAUAACUUGCGAUAGGCCGUUUCUUUCUUCGCCGCUCUUUCUCUGUUUGUGGCUAUUUAUACCUCACUUCUUCUCUUUUUCUUUCCAAAUCCCAUUCCUGCCCUUCACCCCAUUUCCUCUGAUUUGUAUCUCUGCGGAUUAUUUUAAUAGAAAACUAUGCCGAACACAAUGAGAGAUAGGAUCCAGGAUACCCUCUCUGCUUAUCGUAACGAGCUUGUUUCUCUUCUUUCCCGUUAUGUUGCUCUGGGAAAAGGGAUAUUGCAAUCUCAUCACCUGAUAGAUGAGCUGAUCAAGUCUGUUAAAGAAGAUGAAGCCAUGCAGAAACUCAGGGAUAGUCCCUUUUUCAAAGUUCUAGAAUCUGCGCAGGAAGCUAUAGUUCUGCCUCCAUUUGUGGCUAUAGCAGUUCGUCCAAGGCCAGGUGUCUGGGAGUAUGUUCGGGUUAAUGUUUACGAACUCAGUGUCGAUCAUUUGAGUGUUCCAGAGUAUCUUCGAUUCAAGGAAGAACUCGUGGAUGGAGGGUGCAAUGACAGCUAUGUGCUUGAACUUGAUUUUGAGCCAUUUAAUGCCAAUUUUCCUAGACCAACUCGUUCAACAUCCAUUGGCAAUGGAGUUCAGUUCCUUAACCGUCACCUAUCUUCAAUCAUGUUCCGCAACAAAGAAAGCUUGGAACCUUUGCUCGAUUUUCUUCGUGCACACAAACAUGAUGGUCAUGUGAUGAUGCUGAAUGAUCGCAUACAGAACAUUCCCAAACUUCAGUUUGCCUUGGCAAGGGCAGCAGAAUACCUUUCUAAGCUCCCAUCUGAAACACCAUAUACUGAGUUUGAGUUUGAUUUACAAGGAAUGGGAUUUGAGAGAGGUUGGGGUGAUACAACACAACGGGUGUCAGAGACGAUGCAUCUUCUUUUGGACAUCCUUCAUGCUCCUGAUCCAUCUACCUUGGAAACAUUUCUUGGAAGAAUUCCUAUGGUGUUCAAUGUCGUCAUUGUGUCUCCACAUGGUUUCUUUGGUCAAGCAAAUGUCUUAGGUUUGCCUGACACUGGUGGACAGAUCGUCUACAUACUUGAUCAAGUGCGAGCAUUAGAGAAUGAAAUGCUUCUCAGAAAACAAAAGCAGGGGCUAGAUGUAAUCCCAAAAAUUCUCAUAGUUACCCGACUAAUACCUGAUGCAAAAGGAACAACAUGCAACCAAAGACUAGAAAGAAUUAGUGGAACAGAACAUACUCAUAUACUGAGGGUGCCUUUUAGAACUGAGAAUGGUAUCCUAAGGAAAUGGAUUUCGAGGUUUGAUGUGUGGCCAUACUUGGAAACUUUUGCAGAGGAUGCAUCAAAUGAAAUUGCUGCAGAGUUACAGGGUGUACCAGAUCUGAUAAUUGGCAACUACAGCGAUGGAAAUCUUGUUGCAUCUCUGUUAUCAUACAAACUAGGAAUCACACAGUGCAACAUCGCACAUGCAUUAGAAAAAACAAAGUAUCCUGAUUCUGACAUAUACUGGAGACAAUAUGAGGACAAGUACCACUUUGCAAGUCAAUUUACUGCUGACCUUAUUGCAAUGAACAGUGCUGAUUUUAUAAUUACCAGUACAUACCAAGAAAUUGCUGGGAGCAAGAAUAAUGUUGGACAAUAUGAGAGCCACACAGCUUUCACUCUUCCAGGGCUGUACCGAGUUGUCCAUGGCAUAGAUGUUUUUGAUCCAAAGUUUAACAUUGUCUCCCCAGGUGCAGAUAUGUGCAUAUAUUUUCCAUACUCUGACAAGGAAAGAAGACUUACUGCUUUACAUGGUUCCAUUGAAGAACUCUUAUAUGAUCCUGAGCAAAAUGAUGAGCAUGUUGGUAUAUUGAGUGAUCGAUCAAAGCCUAUCAUAUUUUCCAUGGCAAGACUUGAUAGGGUGAAAAAUUUAACGGGCCUUGUUGAGUGCUAUGGUAAGAGCAGCAGGCUAAGAGAACUGGUUAAUCUAGUGAUAGUUGGUGGUUACAUGGAUGUGAAGAAAUCCAGGGAUAGAGAAGAAAUGUCAGAGAUUGAAAAGAUGCAUGAUCUGAUAAAGCAAUACAAUUUGCAUGGUCAGUUUCGCUGGAUACGAGCACAAAUGAAUCGUGCCCGUAACGGUGAGCUCUACCGCUACAUUGCAGAUACCAAGGGUGCUUUUGUGCAGCCUGCUUUCUAUGAAGCUUUUGGUCUCACAGUUGUGGAAGCCAUGACUUGUGGGCUUCCAACAUUUGCCACUUGUCAUGGUGGCCCUGCUGAGAUCAUUGAGCAUGGUAUUUCCGGGUUUCAUGUGGACCCCUAUCACCCUGAUCAGGUUGCUGCUAGCAUGAUUGACUUUUUUGAACGUUGCCAGAACGAUCCCAGUUGCUGGGACAAGAUAUCAGACGGAGCCCUUCAAAGAAUCUAUGAAAGGUUCACAUGGAAGAUAUAUUCUGAAAGGUUACUGACACUAGCCGGAGUAUAUGGCUUCUGGAAGCUCGUAUCUAAGCUUGAUAGGAGAGAGACACGGCGGUACUUGGAGAUGUUUUACAUUCUCAAGUUCCGGAAGCUGGUGAAGUCCAUUCCGAUGGCAGUGGAGGAGCAGCAUUGAAAUUCGUGCAAUGAAUAAUCAAAAGUUGGCAUGUAUGUUUCCUAUGUGCAUUCUACACUUGCCUGUUUGCGAGAACAAUGCCUUUAUUUGUGUUUGGAUGAACAUUGUUGUCCCUUUCGAUGCUAUCAAAGUCUUCUUUUUUGGAAAGUUUAUAAUCGUGGAUGUCGAGUGUCUCGAGAAAAUAAUUUGUUUUAAUC